UGGCUCCAGAUAUAAACACAGAGCUGCUCUCUGUACCCGCUGCGCUCCUCAGUCUCUUCACAACCAGCAGACAGUUUGCUCCAAGAGGCCGAGGAACAGGAAAAAAAGCCAGGAGGGGACGAUCUCUGGCGCAUUCCCAAGGAUGGAGGAUUCUCCAUCCAAGCCAUCUGUGGCUGAGCUGGCUGGGAGGUUCAAAGGUCACAUUUUACCAAUGCCCACCUCAAAUGACGAGGUGCCAUUUCGAAGAAGACCCCCAUGUUCCCUGAAGCUGCAACAUCAAAAAGAUGAUGAAGAAUCAGAUAAAACUAUCGUCUCACCAAAUCCCUUUAAAAUCAAGGUGAAGAACUCCGCCAUCAUUGAGAAACUUCAGGCCAAUCUUGCUCUGUCACCCACUGCUCUGCUGCCUUCGCCCAAGAGUCCUGAAGUGAAGCUCCAGCCAGCACCGUUGUCCCCCACCACACCGUGCAGCCCGCAGAGCCCCCUGAGCCCCACCCUGCGGUCCUCACAUCAGUCCAGUGAAGAGGAGGAUCCCAUCACCUUCGACAGCCCUCCUGAGGGCACCACGCUGCCAAGCUUCAACAAGACUCGUGCACGACUGUCAUUCAAAAGGCGCCCGCCCACGAGACAGCACAGGAGGUCAGCUGGAGAAGAGGCGGGAGCCUUUGGGAGUGCUCUGUCCCCAUGUGAACUGAAUAGCCCAAAGGAAAAUGGGGACAUGGACCAGGUAUUCGAAUACGGACAGUCGGCAAGUCUGAAAGAAGCCGAUGAGAGGGACAGGGACUGUGAAAACACAGAGGAUGAGGUAGCAAAGAGUGAUCCAGACAACAGGGGAGAUCCGGAGGAGGAGCAGGAAGCAGAACAAGCUUUGGAAGAGGAACAACAGCCUUCAGAGUCUUGCCCUGCCAAGGAGACGGAGGAGGAGGAGAUGCCUCAGGAGAAGCACCAAAGAGGAAAUGACAUUGCGUGAACUGUGAAUAUUUACUUCAAGAAAAAAUAUAUAAGUAUGAAUAAGUUAUUCUUAUGCUUUGAUUAAAAUAACUCUUUCAAAAAUACUCAGAAAAAGUUAAUCUGAUUUUAAAUUUCUUGGUACCUGCUCUUUUUUGAAGUCCCUCUGUCGCCCUCUCCUGGCCAUCUACAUAGCAGGUCUAUAAACACUGGAGAGUUUGGAGAAGCAGCUGUUCUCUGCUCAUGGAAAUAAGCAUCAAAGUUGAUACUGUAUUCAUUUUCAGGCAGAGGAAAUUUGCGUCAUAUUGUAUCAAGUCUGCAUGACCAGACUCCUGUUUUUAUAACAAAUAGCUUUUUUUCUUUGCAAAUCAAAGACAUUGUUAUGAGUGCACUUUCUGUCAAAGGUAUCAGUUGUGUACAAAUGACUUUGGAUAUACUGAAUAGAAGUCAUAUAUACUUCAUAUACAUAUAUAUGUAUAUAAAUAUGUAUAUACAUAUAUAUAUAUAUAUAUAUAUAUAUAUUAGUAGAUAUAUAAAAUGUUCUGUCAUCAUACCAAAUCCCUGUCACUUUUGGUUGAACUUAUGUACUUUGCUUGUCUAGUUUUCCUCCGACUGUCUGCUUGUUUUACAUUUUGUAUUCUACGAACUAUCUAAAUCACAGUGCUACUGAGGAGGGGCUCAGGUCCUCGGCAGUUAUGCACAGAAAUGUUAAGAAAAUAAACAGCUUCCUCCUGUAAGAAAAGUUGA